UUCAAUAAUCAAUCGGAAGAGAGCGCAAGCAACAACAACUGGAUCCAAAUUCAGUGGAUCUAGACGAUAGAGUCAUCUCUACAAACUGAACAGACAGAUAAUUAUUUUAGCGAUAGCUAACUAGAUUAAGAUAUAAUCUAAUAUUCCUAACAUGUUUGACGGUAUAAGUACAGCUGUACUAUUGUUAUAUGUCAUUCUUUUGCUUUUGGCUUUAAUUGUACUCACUUUAUUGGUGCUUCUUGUUCAGUCGGGCAUUUUUACUUCAGUUGAUGAAGUGAAAACUGGAAAGCCUCCUGUAGGGCAGAUGAUAUUAGCAUAUAAAUUUAACAGAGGACCAUACAACCAAGCUGGUCAACUAUUCACUGAGGCAGCUAUUAUUGAACCAGGAAAUAAAAAAGUUGGAAUAUAUUAUGAUGAUCCAAAUAAGGUUGAGUCCAGUAGGCUGAGAUAUGUUGUUGGUUCAAUACUUUCAGUUGGAUCUGAUCAGGUCAACACAGAUAUGGUCAAGAAAUUCACAGACAAUGGUUUUAAAAUAAUUCAUCUUCCAGAGGUAACAUAUGGAGUGUAUACUAGAUUUCCACAUAUAACUACACUGUCCAUCUUGAUUGCUGUACACAAAGCUUAUCCAAAGCUUCAGGCAUACAUAGAGGAGCGCAAACUCUGUGCAUACCCAUUUUUAGAGUAUUAUGAUGGUGGACAUAUUCACUUUUGGGCACCACUAUCUAGACAGGAAGAGUUCUUUGUCCCUGAGUGUGAAACAGCCGCAGGGGGUGACCAGCCAACAACAGAAUGGGAUUCCACUGCCCAUUCAAACAGCAGUCAAUCCUGCGAUGAUGACCUACAGGUCAGCCACGAUUUACCUCACUCGCCUGUUGAGGAAAAAUCUGAAAUGCCUGUUUCUGAAUCUGCAGAUGAAUCAACAAACUGGCCCAUCUCUGACGCAGAUAAUCAGAAUGGGAAUAACACAAAUGUAGAGACUGAUGAAGCUAAGGAGGAUGACCAAGGUUCGGAUGAUUCAUCCUCGUCUUUCGAACUCUUAAAGCCUGAACUAGGGACACCAACUGCUGAAUAGGCUUAUGGACUUCAACCUGGACAUAGAAAUAAGUGAACACAUUUUUUUUUCUGUAUUAGAUUUGUUUUCUUUAAGAUUAAAAAAAAAAGUCAAUGAAAAUUAUUGCAAUGUAUAUUUCAAAAGAUAUUAAAAUAGAAAUUAUAGUAGUUAUGAUGGCAUUUUGAUGUGCUUAUAUCUAUCAUGCAUAUAUGGCUUCUUUUUAUUUUAUUUAAUGCUAAUUAUCUGUCGUGUAGCACAUGGUCUAUUUAUGAAAAAAACUUUUCAUAUUUAUAUUGGGUAACAAGAAAAAGUCAAAAUUUAGUAGUAUGUUUUCAUUAGUGGUUGAUGAUGUCUUUCUGAAAAAAAAAAUCCAAAUAAGUUUUGAAAUGUAAUUUUUGUAAAAAGUUUUUACAAAUAGAUUAAAAUUUUGCAUUUCCCUACUUAAAAAAUACUUAUGUUGUUUGUUAGAUAUUUGUUUUAAUAUCACUAGAAUAUUGGCUUUUUUAUGUGUGUGGGAGUGUUGUCAGGGGGUGUAGAUAUUGCUUAACUUGAAAUUAAUUUCAAGGAAUAUUUUUUAUCACCAUUCCAGUAAAAUAUAUAUUUUGUUAUUUAUCCUAUUUUCUCAUUAUAUACUCAUUAUAGUUUUAAAUAGAAAAAUAAUUUUACUACCAUAAACUAUUUCAGAACUUUGUGUUUUUUUUUGUAGAAUAUUAUUAUAAUAAGGAAAAUGGUUCUGUUUAAAUUUUCGUUUACAAUUUUUAUGUUUUCAAUUUUAUGUUUGUUAUUGUGGCUAUAUUUUUUUUCUUUAUUUAGUUGACACUGUUUCAUUUCACUAUUUUUUUCGUCUACUUAUAAAGCUUUGGAAUUCCUUGAAUUUGAUUGCCUCUUAAGAUAUUUGCUCAAGCUGAUUGCUUGAUUAUUAUUGUUUUUUGUCUUUUUUUAAUGUAGGUUUCAUUUCUUUUAACCAAUAGACAAUAUUUUUUUCCAGUGGUAAAACAUCAUUUAUUUAAUAUUUUAUUUAAAACAAAAACAACUAAAUCUUCAAACAAUAAUGUUUUGUUUUUACUAUUCCUCUUCUCAGCUUUUAAAUUCUUCAUUGGAAAAAAAACUUAUGUGUGGGCACAGUUCUCGAAAACAACUCUUAAUGAUUUUCCUAGAAAUUCAACAGCUUAUGUAUAUCUUUGGGAAAAGAAUUAUUAGCCUAUUGGCCACACAUUUUUAUAUUUUUUUUUAAGUUUAAUAAUUUGGAGUUAAGACAACCUUUAUGUUGAACACAAAUAACUAAAUGUUUGCAAAAAUAGAUUUCAGGAACAUUUUGCACACUAUCUUUUAACCCUGGAUCUAUAGGCCUAUUCUUCUAUAUCAUAUAUCUAGAUCCAGGGCUGUAGUCUUAGAUCAGAAGUUCUCAAACUUUUAUGACCCAAGGGACCCCUUUAUGUGGUCAAAGCUUGCUUAUGGACCUCUAAGUGAAAAAUCUACAUUAAUGCAUAUAAGUAACAAAUGUAAAAAUAAAUUGUUGAAGGAGUGUUUAUUGAGAUUAUAACCUUUGUUUAAAAUAUAAUUUUUUUUAAAUUAAUGAUUGGAUCAGGUUGAUAACAUUUUAUUAGUAUAUUUAUGCCAAGCUGAGUCGGCUCAACUAAAACAAAUUUCAAGUUGGUAUCUUUUAAUCGUGAUGAGCUUCAUUUAGGCAAUUAAUCCACGUUGUACCAAAUAAGAAGAUGGGGAAAACAGUCAACAACUUCUUUACAAUGACCCCUAAUGCGGAUUCAAUUUGGAAUACGUUUAUGUAACCAGAUUUUGUGGUAUCCUUGUUUAAACAUUGCUUAAGUUCCGUGUUAGUGGAAGCUGCCCUACAUUGGUAUGAACUCAUCUGGGAUAGGGACCUGAGUUUGUUCACACGCAGAAGAGUUAGUAGAUACACCCAGUCAGGAAUAUCCAAGUGAAGAUUGUUUUCAAAUCUUUUGUUUUGGUCAUCAUUUCAUAGUAUGUUAUAGACAUAUGAAACGGUAGUGAGGGGCGAGUUGAUUAUUAUUAAAAUCCGAUCAGAUAAACUGGCUUUAAGCGAAGAAGUUAUUUUAAUUGUAUACAAUUUUCAUCCUUAGUGCCGACCCCCACGACAGUUUGAGAGCCACUGAUCUAGACUACUGUCUUUUAAUGUUGCGUGUCUGGAGCUGUAUCACCAAACUAGAACUUUAUAUACAUGCGUUACAUGCGCUUUACCUGGAUCUUUUUCUUUGGGGAUUUAGGCAGGAUUAAAAUGAUCCACUUUUAAUACCAUUCAUUAGUACAUUAAUCACUAUUACAAAAAGUCCUCAGCUUCAUAGAAGAGGCAUUGUCUCUUUUUAAAGGAACUUUUUUUUUUUGUUAGAUAAUCAGAUUUUGUUGUGUUUUUUUUUUGUGUGUGUAUGUGGGUUGUUGUUUUUUUAAUUACAAUUUAUUUAUGUUUUUUUUUUUAUUGAUAUAAUUAAUUCUGACAUAUUUGGAAAAUAAGUUAUAUAAUUACUAUUAAUAACUAGUCAAUGAAGAUUACAGUUACCUCAGGACUUGCAGUUUAUAGUUUUCUUGUAGAAUGUCAAACUUGCUUUGAUGUUGAUGUAAUUUUUUAGAGUGCAUCCAAUGGCAAAUCUCAUUUUAUUACUAGACCAGUGUCAUCUUAUGCCUCUGCUCAAAUCCUUUUUUUUAAAAAAUAGGAAUUUAUUAUUCUUCAAAAUUUUUCUUAUGUGCUGGUUUAAACGUCAUAGUAGUUUUACAAGACAAAAUUCUGUCUGUAUUUAUCUUCAGUAUCAUUUACAUUACCAGCAUAAAGUAAUAAAGUCUCUGCAGGCUUCUCUUUAAUUAUAAACUCUACUUCUGUCGGUGGAUGAGGUUCUAUUAACUUUUCAAGAGAACAAAAAAAAUAUUUUCUUUGUAAUUAUAAAUCCAUUAACCGAGAAAAAUGAGAUUGUUUCAUAUUUUUAAGUAGAACCUUUUAAAAAUGUAUGCUGUUCCUACUAGAGGCUUCUUCAACAAUAUUGACACAAAACUUUUUUAUGAAGACUUUUCAAAAUCUCUCCACUAAAGCAAUUCUUCUUGACAUUCUUAUGUCGGAAUGGUUGAAUUGAUCCAGUUGAUUGUACAUUGUUAUAUUGACAACUUUUGCAUCCAAAAAGUCUGCAACAAGAUGUCUUACAUUAAUAUGAAGAUGAUUUUAUGACGAUCACACUCAUUACAGACAUAGCAUGUAGGUCAAUUGUCCCUCACACAAUAGUAAUGGCCAGUUCUGCUUCCUUCAUUAUAAGACUUAAUUUGACAUGCAUAUUGGCCCAUCACAGCACUUUGUAAUUCUGCCUGUUUUUGGCAUGUUGUAAAUGCCAGGAUGAUGAAUUUCUGAAGCUCUAAAUAAAGGAGAAUGUUAAGCACCAGGACUCCGUCCAGGAUUACACUAGGGAAGAUUACAGCGCUCCCCCAGACAUCUUUGCUGGCUGGAGGGAAAAACUGUUGUCUUUUCUACUGUCAGAAUUUCGUCCAGUUUACAAAACACUUCAAAUUAUCUACAAAACUCAUUUUCCAAAAAAAAAAAAAAAAAAGAAUUUGCUUUCAUUUAAUUUCAUUGAGUAUUUUGGAUUCCAAACAUACUGUAACUUAAUUAUACAAAGAAAAAUGGGAAAAUUGUGUUAUAAUUAUAUGUCUGUAAGUUUUUUAUGCUAUUUCAUUACAUUCUUAAACCCCUUUGGGACUUUGCUCUCAGCGCUCUUCCCAGACCCCACAAACUCUGCUCUAAUUAUACUAGACUGGUGAAAUAAGAGGGAGAAAAACAUAUACUGAAAACAAACCUCAUAUUUUAUUUUUCUUUUUUUUAUUGUUUUGUACAUGCUCUCAAAGGGGAUGUGGUGGCAGAGUGGUUAAGCACUUGGUUUCUGAAACUGGGGUCCUGGGUUCGAAUCUCAGUGAAGACAAGGAUUUUGAACUUCAGGAUUUUUAGACCACCCCUGAAUGCACCCAAUUCUAAUUGGUGCCUGACUUUAGUUGGGGAAAGUAAAGGCGGUUGGUCGUUAACCGUUGGCCAAGGAAACCUUAACAUCAUCUGCCCUAUAGACCGCAUGGUCUGAAAGGGGAAUUUUUUUACUUUACAUGCUCAUAAACAUCGUUAUGUCGUUGGUAGCACAACACUUCCAGAUAUUUGUCAGCUAUUUACUGCCCACGUUUCUAGGACUUGUCUCAAUUCAUCAGGACUUAUGCCUGCACUGGUCAAGGCUACCUGGUCGUGCAGUAUGUGCACUGGACUGUCAUUCGAUUUUCUCUGUGGUCCCGGGUUCAUACCCUUGCCUGCUGUCAUCCCCCGUCGUUCAGCAGGAGGUUUGGACUAGGAAGUAGAUUAUCUUCAACUUUGAAAGAACAUCCAAAACAUGUAAAACAGUUUUACAAACUGGUCAAAGUUGAUAGUAAUACUGUUCAUUCGUUGUUGUUGGUUUUUUUUUUUUUUUUUUUGGAACGCUUUUAAUUAUACAAGUAUAUAUUAGCUCUUUUUAAUACUUUUGAUCCAUGCAAAAGCACUUUUGAUUAAUUUAACUAGCAGAUUUCUUUAAUGGAAUAAAGUUAUGACUAUUUUUCCUUAAAGAUCUCAAGGUCUAUGAGGCAAUAUAAAGGUCAUCAUUUUGGGAAACAAUUUCAUUCGCAUAUUCAAUUAGAUGUUAUCUUCAAUAAAAAAAACAAAACUGUAAAUUUUUUAAAACAAAUUUAAAUUAUCAGCAUUUUGUUUUUAACUUUAUAAAAAUAAACAUGCCCGGACUUUAAAUUUAAUGUAAUUUAAACAAAAAUAGGUACAUGUAUAGCAAAUAUUAGAAGUGUAGGCAAUUUUGUCAUUAAAAUCUCAUCUGAGUGAGCUAAUUAGUCUAAUAUAAAUGUGUUCAUCACCUGUUCUUAAUUCAUUACAAUAUCGGUUUGUUUCAUAUGCAGCAUUGUUUUUAUAUGGUAGUUUGUGUUUUUAUUUUAGUGGUGUUUGUUUUGAUUAACUAAUUAGCUUAUAAGACACAAAAAGAUGAUGUAUUGAAAUGAAAAAUCAUUAAAGCAAUAGUACAACAUU